ACCGGUAAAGAAAAGAGAGAAGCCGAACCCGGCAUAUACGUACGGGCUGCCGCAUUAAACCGCGAUUAACUACGCGGGCGUUAAACCGCCGCACGAACACCCGCAUAAUCAAGUGCGGGCUGUCCGCUGCCCACCGUAUCCUGAUCUAGAAGGCUCUCUAUAUAUAUUCGUCCUGGAGGUUCAGUAGUACAACAAUCAAACGCAUCACGCUAUUAUUCGUCCUCUUGCAAAAGGAAACCCUCCGUUACUCUGUCGUAUCACGGCUAGGGUUUAUCGAUAGUGCGAUGUCGGCGCCGUGGUGGGACUCCGACGAAAACCGCUCUGCGGUUGAGUACCGCGCCUAUGUUGGCAACCUCCCCUGGGGCACCGAUGAGCGCUCGCUCAAGGACUUCUUCGACUACCGCCCGCUCAACGCCGACAUAAUUUAUCAGAUCGUCACCGACCGGGAGACGGGCAGAUCCCGCGGCUUCGGCUUCGUCUGGUUCGACGACGAGGAGUCGUUGAGCAACGCCAUCCACGGCAUGAACGGCCAGGAGCUCGGCGGCCGCACCAUCACCGUCGACAGGGCCAAUCAACGCCCCCGCCGCUGGAGGAGAUGAAGAACAGCUAGGAGAUCUGCCCGCCCGGGCAUUCACGUUGUAGUGUCGGUGUCAAGUUAUCAAGUCUCCCGUGAUUGCUUAGUUUAUGGUCGUGAAAUUGAACCUAUCGAUUGUCCGUGGUGCGCAUCGUUCGCUUAUGAUUGUUGAACAUCUAGUCUUUACAUGCAUUGCAGUAAGCAAACAACAAUGUAGCUUGUUUUCUCGAA